CCCUAAUGCUGUUGCAGCGGAGCAAGCAUCGAUUCUGCCGCAAAAUGUUUUGCCAUUUUCGCUUGUGUCAUCAUCAUCCAUAGGACGGGAUUUUGAAAGCAAUAUAGGAUCACCCCCAAUCUAGGAACCAGUGGUAUCAGGACACUCCUGGCCGACUUUUCGCAAGGGCAAAGACCACCACGGAAAUAAUAUGGGAUCAAUUGAGCGUACUUCGCCGGCCUCGCUGCCACGGCGUACCCAUACCCUGUCGCGCAUCACCAACGAGACGAAAAUCCAGGUGUCUAUUUCGCUCGACGGAGGCUCAUUACUCGCAUAUGAAGAGUCGCAACAUUUUCCUUCUUCGAUUUCACCGUCCCAAAAACAAAAGUACCCGGACGUUCUCGUGCCGUUGCCCACUUCACAUCAUGCAACCCAGAUCACGCCUACACAACAAAUCGCCAUAUCUACUGGCAUCGGCUUUCUCGACCACAUGCUCCACGCCCUGGCAAAACACGCGGGAUGGUCGCUGGCCAUCCGGGCGACGGGUGACUUGAUGAUUGAUGACCACCAUACCGCUGAAGACACCUUCCUGGCGGUUGGGUCAGCGUUCAACGCCGCCCUGGGCAAGCGGACCUCUCUUGUUCGAUUCGGGCGGGGCGAUGCCCCUCUCGACGAAGCCCUGUCGUGGGCGGUCAUUGACCUGUCUAAUCGACCCUACAGUGUCAUCGAUUUCGGCUUCACCAGAGAAAAGAUUGGCGAUCUCAGCACGGAAAUGCUGACCCAUGGACUGGAGAGCUUUGCCCAGGCUGCAAGCGUUACUCUUCAUGUCAAGUGUGUCUAUGGCCACAAUAACCACCACAGAGCAGAGAGCGCUUUUAAAGCACUUGCUGUGGCAUGCAGACAGGCAUCCGAGCGGAGGGUUGAAGGGGCUGUCGGCAGCGGGGAUGUGACGAGUACGAAAGGUGUCCUUGGUUCUAGUGUCAACGGUUGAGGAGGCUUUGCAGAAUUUUUGUACAGACGCAAUUGGGCAAAGACUGAAUGAGAGGUCCUUGAAAUGUUACUUCAACAUACUCUGCAACCACAGACAAGUCGGCCAUCAUCAAUCGGUAGGUAUUGCUGACGGUACCGGCAGUGUCUUCAGUAUAAAUAUCAAAGUCUUGCAUAUUGAAUAAAAGUGCCAAAAGCCCGCCCAGACGCCACAAAUAGUACGCCUUUACAUGCAUGGCCUGUCGGCCAACACAAUACCUCCCUGUGGUGUUUGAUCAUAUCCGCGAAUGCAUUAGG